GACCAACGGGAUCCAGCGCGCGUCCAUCGAGCCCCAAGGUGGACGUCGGCUGGAGUGGUAGAGCCACAGGGAUGGCAUCUCCAGGCCUGCUGCUGGGUGUGUUGUGCACAGUGCUACUCAUUCUGCUGCCUGGGAGUGUAGCCUUCCAGUCCCACCAGCGCCUCAAGGGCCGCUUCCAGCGGGACCGCAGGAACAUUCGCCCCAACAUCAUCCUAGUGCUCACAGAUGACCAGGACGUGGAGCUGGGGUCCAUGCAGGUGAUGAACAAGACGCGGCGCAUCAUGGAGCAGGGCGGGGCACACUUCAUCAAUGCCUUCGUCACCACACCUAUGUGCUGCCCCUCACGCUCGUCUAUCCUCACCGGCAAGUACGUUCACAACCACAACACCUACACCAACAACGAGAACUGCUCCUCGCCCUCCUGGCAGGCACAGCACGAGAGCCGCACCUUUGCUGUGUACCUUAACAGCACGGGCUACCGUACAGCUUUCUUCGGGAAGUACCUCAAUGAAUACAAUGGCUCCUAUGUGCCACCCGGCUGGAAGGAGUGGGUGGGGCUCCUCAAGAACUCCCGCUUCUACAACUACACAUUGUGCCGCAAUGGGGUGAAGGAGAAGCACGGAUCCGACUACUCCAAGGACUAUCUGACAGAUCUUAUCACCAACAACAGCAUCAGCUUUUUCCGCACAUCCAAGAAGAUGUACCCGCACAGACCGGUGCUCAUGGUCAUCAGCCACGCUGCCCCCCACGGACCCGAGGACUCAGCCCCCCAGUACUCAGGAUUCUUUCCUAAUGCUUCCCAGCACAUCACCCCCAGCUACAACUAUGCCCCCAACCCUGACAAGCACUGGAUCAUGCGCUACACGGGGCCCAUGAAGCCCAUCCACAUGCAGUUCACCAACAUGCUGCAGCGCAAGCGCCUGCAGACGCUCCUGUCAGUGGACGACUCCAUGGAGACGAUCUAUAACAUGCUUGUGGAGACAGGUGAACUGGACAACACUUACAUCGUCUACACUGCAGACCACGGCUAUCAUAUCGGCCAGUUUGGCCUAGUGAAGGGCAAGUCCAUGCCCUACGAGUUUGACAUCAGGGUCCCCUUCUAUGUGCGGGGCCCCAACGUGGAGGCCGGAUCACUGAACCCCCACAUUGUACUCAAUAUUGACCUGGCCCCCACCAUCCUGGACAUUGCGGGCCUGGACAUCCCCUCGGACAUGGAUGGGAAGUCCGUCCUCAAGCUGCUGGACACAGAGCGGCCAGUGAAUCGGUUUCACUUGAAGAAGAAGAUGCGGAUCUGGCGAGAUUCCUUCCUGGUGGAGCGGGGCAAGCUGCUUCACAAGAGGGUUGGGGACAAGGGAGAGACCCAGGAGGAGAAUUUCCUGCCCAAGUACCAGCGUGUGAAGGACCUUUGCCAGCGUGCUGAGUUCCAGACAGCCUGCGAGCAGCUGGGCCAGAAGUGGCAGUGUGUAGAGGACGAAGCCGGGAGACUCAAGCUGCACAAGUGCAAGGGUACAGUGCGCCCUGGGUCCAGGGCACUCUCCAACCUGGUGCCCAGGACUUUUGGGCCAGGCAGUGAGACCUGUGUCUGCGACAACAGUGACUACACACUUGGCCUGGCCGGACGCCGGAAAAAGUUCUUCAAGAAGAAGUACAAGACCAGCUACGUUCGCAGCCGCGCCAUCCGUUCUGUGGUCAGCAUGGGGCUCCCUAAAGGCCUGGAGGGCACAUUCUUGCCCCGAAACCUCAGCAAGCGGCACUGGCCAGGGACCCCUGAGGACCAGGACAAGGACGGUGGGGACUUCAGUGGCACAGGCGGCCUCCCAGAAUACUCAGCCCCUAACCCCAUUAAAGUGACACAUCGGUGCUACAUCCUGGAGAAUGACACAGUGCAGUGUGACCUGGACCUGUACAAGUCCCUGCAGGCGUGGAAGGACCACAAGCUGCACAUUGACCAUGAGAUUGAAACUCUGCAGAGCAAGAUUAAGAACCUCAGGGAAGUCCGAGGCCACCUGAAGAAGAAGCGACCGGAAGAAUGUGAUUGCCAUAAACUCAGUUACCACAGCCAGCACAAGGGCCGCCUGAAGCACAAAGGCUCCAGCCUGCAUCCUUUCAGGAAGGGGCUGCAGGAAAAGGACAAAGUGUGGCUGCUGCGGGAGCAGAAGCGCAAGAAGAAGCUCCGCAAGCUGCUUAAGCGCCUGCAGAACAACGACACAUGCAGCAUGCCUGGCCUCACGUGCUUCACCCACGACAACCAGCACUGGCAGUCGGCGCCGCUCUGGACUCUGGGGCCCUUCUGCGCCUGCACCAGCGCCAACAAUAACACGUACUGGUGCCUGCGGACCAUCAACGAGACCCAUAACUUCCUCUUCUGUGAGUUUGCAACCGGCUUCCUGGAGUACUUCGACCUCAACACAGACCCCUACCAGCUGAUGAAUGCGGUGAGCACACUGGACAGAAACAUCCUCAACCAAUUGCAUGUGCAGCUCAUGGAGCUGAGAAGUUGCAAAGGCUACAAGCAAUGCAAUCCUCGUACACGCAACAUGGACCUGGGACUGAAAGAUGGAGGAAGCUAUGAGCAAUACAGGCAGUUUCAGCGUCGGAAGUGGCCAGAAAUGAAGAGACCCUCCAAAUCACUGGGCCAAUUAUGGGAAGGCUGGGAAGGUUAAGCCUAAGAUGGACCUGCAAAGGCAGGCACUGUCUGACCACACGGUGGAGGGAAAACUAUGGAUGAUUUCAAGCAGAUCGAUGCUGGUAGCCAAGCAGCCUGAGAAAAGCUGCUUUCAGUCAACAUGGCAGAUGCUGGAAGAGAACCAUCAGGAGUACUAAGACCUCCAGAAGUCCAUUUUUGUUCCUGCUUUUGCUUUGGAUUAUACCUCACCAGCUGCACAAAAUGCAUUUCAUAUCAAAGUCACCACUAACCCUCUAGAGACUCACAGGGAAAGCAACUGAGAUUGUCUUAGAAAUUUCCCCCAAGGUGAGAGUCACUGGAUUUUUUUUUUUUAAGUAUCUUCAGGGAAAAGCAGCCCUGUUUUAAAUCUGCUUGUUCUUUUGGUUCAUCACAAAGAAGGAAUCAGGACAGCAGCUGGCAGAUGCUGGAAACUGCACAGGGGGUGACAAUGAGUCGGUAAGCACAAAAGCAGUGACAUUAUCAAGCACUGUAACCCUGAUGGCCUCAAAAGAAACUGACUUCGCUGUAAAUACCUGGUGAUUUCCAUGUACCCAGCAUGGGUAUCUGUAGGGAAAUCCAACUAAUGAGAAAGCCAGAGCUGAAGAGUGUUGGUGUCAAUAAAAGCUCCGGCCCCAUAUCAAAGCAA